AUGACGUCACCGAUAAGCGCUCUGAUUCAGGUGGUGCAGCCUGAGGUGGUGCAGUGGCGCCGCCACAUCCACGAGUAUCCAUAUGUUGCGUAUGAGGAGCAGCCCACCGCCGACUACGUGGCGGACGUCCUCAGCAGCAUGCCCGCACCGCUGGACAUUCGCCGGCUGACGCCGAACAGCGUCGUGGCGGACCUGCGGGGUGGCGCUGGCGAGGGCCCCAUGUACGCCCUGCGCGCCGACAUGGAUGCACUGCCGCUGCAGGAGGAGAGUGGUGAGCCCUUCAGCUCGAAGCGGCCAGGCGUGAUGCACGCGUGUGGCCACGAUGCCCACACGGCGAUGCUGCUUGGGGCGGUGAAGGUGCUGUGUCAGAUGCGCGACCGCAUCCGUGGCACUGUUCGCUUUGUUUUCCAGCACGCCGAAGAGGUGGUCCCGAGUGGUGCGAAGCAGCUGGUGGGCCUUGGUGUGUUGGAUGGCGUGUCCAUGAUCUUUGGGCUACAUGUCGCUGCAGAGUACCCUGUCGGCACCAUCUCGACCCGACAGGGCACCCUCUGCGGUGCGUGCAACGACUUUGACAUUGUGAUCCGCGGUGCUGGCGGCCAUGCCUCGCAGCCGGAGCUGUGUGUCGACCCCAUUCUCAUUGCCUCCGAGGUCGUGGCAAACCUCCAGUCCGUUGUAUCACGCCGCGUGAGCGCGCUGAGGGCUCCUGUACUGAGCAUUACCACCUUCGAGGGCGGGAGAGGAAGCUACAACGUGAUCCCGGACACCGUGCGCAUGCGCGGCACACUGCGGUGCCUCGACCGCGACACUCAGGCUCGGGUGCCCUCUCUGAUGGAGGAGAUCAUCGCCGGCAUCACAAAGGCGCACGGUGCCCAGUACGAGCUGAGCUGGCUGGAGCCCAACAUCGUGACGUACAACGACCCGAAGGCGUACGAGGUGGUGAAGAGCGUAGCUGAGGAGAUGCUUGGUAAAGAUGCGUUUGUUGUGAAGGAGGAGCCGAUGUUCGGCGUGGAGGACUUCUCCGAGUACCAGGCAGUGAUCCCAGGUUGUUAUGCUUUGCUAGGAGUGAAGCCAUGCGGUGAUGGGAAAGCUCCGUUGGCGCACAACUGCAUGUUCCGAGUCAACGAGGACGCCUUUGCGCACGGGAUCGGGCUCCACGUGAAUGCCAUCCGCCGUCUGCUGAUUGAUUCGUAA